AUUCAGCACCGCCUCCCGCCUCGAGAUCAGCAACAGCCGCUGCCGUACAGAAGAUCAGGUAGCUGAAGAAAAAGGCUGCUGACAUCCAUUCGGCAAGGCACUGGCCGAUCGCAAUAUUGCCGUUGUGACGUCGUCCAAGCGCCGGCAAAGUGUAAAUCCCAAGAAGCUUGUCGUGUUGCUGUUUUGUUGUCGCCAUCGAAAAAGCCUCCCCGUCGUUCGUCGGGAGUCGACCACGUCACGUCACCCGCCCUCUCGAGACCUCCAACUGGGAAGCGAAGCUUGUCGUCUCUGCUGGCUUCCUUCUUUAUUUGUGCGCCUGUCCGACUUUCUUCAGCCGUUCCUGUUCGCGACUGUUGCAUCUUACGACUUCCACUCGCGUUCCUUCCCAGCGGCCCCAAACCACCCGACCCGCCUGGCUGUUUUUGACCUGCCCCUGUCGACACCUCAAAUCACGACUGUACCUGGUCGCUAUACCUAGUCGCCAUGGCUGUCGCACGUCCCAUCCUCGCCAUCACCGCCAUCAUUCUGACUGCUGGAGGCAUACUGCUGCAAUUCUUCGUCAUUCUCUCCGGAAUCAACAGCAGCCCACUGAACCGGGUGUACUUCCUGCAGAGCACCUCCAACGGCAUCAAUGGCAGCCCAGGAGCUCGCGCCACUGGUCUCAACCCAGUACGAUGGACUUACCUCGCCAUUUGCGGUGCUAGGGGCAGCCGCAAUGCGGAUUGCUCCUCCAGAGGCGCUGCCAUUCCAUUCGACUUGGAGCGUAAUUUUGGCACGACUCAGGGUGUCCCACAAUACUUCCUCGACCACAGCAGCUACUACUACUACACGAGCCGCGUCGCCUGGGCCUUCUACCUGAUUGCCAUCUUCUUCGCCGUUAUCACCUUCUUCAUCAGCUUGCUCGCCAUCUGCGCGCGCCUCGGAGCCUACCUUACUGGUUUCUUCGGCCUGCUCGCUUUCAUCUUCCAGACAAUUGCUGCUUCCCUCAUGACCGCAUGGACUGUCAAGGCACGAGACCAUCUCAAUUCGAACGGACAAUCCGCCAGACUCGGCCGUUACGCCUACGGCUUCACAUGGGCAUCCGUGGCACUCUUCCUCCUGGCCUCGAUCCUGGUCUGCAUUGGAGGAAGUGCUGGCAAGAACACCAACAAGCAAAAGAAGUCAUACUUUGGUCGCAAGAGGAGCACACGGAGCCGGGGAAGUUUCAUCGACAACACCAGUGACCGUCAUGUGGUCAAGGAAGAGUACGAGUAAGCUCGUCACCACAAAAAAAAAGGAGAGAACACGUACCUGCAAUGCUUUUGAAAUCAUCAAAAACGACAGAGAAAGACAUGAUGAGCAAGAUGUGUGCAUGUGAAAGAAGAAGGAGGAGGAAGAAGACGAGAAGAGGAAAGAUUUGCGAUCUUGUCCACGACACCCAUGUAUUGACGCCUCACGACAGCAGUGGCCAGUUUGUACCAGAAAGUGUGCAUAUAUGAUACCACCCAGAAAGAAGAAGCAAGGAAAAGAUAUGUAAUGUGUUUUAAUGAUACCUAACUACAGUAUACCUACCAUACUGC